CUUAUUUACGACGUUUCUCAUUGUCUAUGCUAUAGAUACGCAUCCUGAGCGAUACAUACGGUGUUAAGCUUUUAGUAACAAAUGUAUAGUUAAAAUGAAGGAAAACGCUGUACUUAAGUGGCAAAAAGUUUACAACCCAAGCGGCCCUCAACCACGACCCCGUCAUGGCCAUCGCGCGGUUGCUAUUAAAGAUUUGAUGAUAGUUUUCGGCGGCGGAAAUGAAGGGAUAGUUCAUGAGCUUCACGUCUUCAAUACUACUACAAAUCAAUGGUUUGUUCCUGUUACGAAAGGGGAGGUCCCUCCAGGGUGCGCCGCUUACGGCUUCGUGGUCGACGGCACACGUCUUCUAGUUUUUGGCGGCAUGGUGGAGUACGGCAAGUAUUCUAACGAUUUGUAUGAACUGCAGGCUUCGCGAUGGGAAUGGAAACGUCUGAAGCCCUUACCGCCCAAACACGGUAUACCUCCAUGUCCUCGACUCGGACAUAGCUUCACUCUGCUCAACGGUAAAGUCUACAUAUUCGGGGGUUUAGCUAACGAAAGUGAUGACCCUAAGAACAAUAUUCCCAGAUAUUUAAACGAUCUGUAUACACUAGAACUGUAUCCAAAUUCGUCUAUGACCGUGUGGGAUAUUCCGCUUACUUAUGGUCAGUCACCACCCCCACGCGAAUCCCACAGCGGCGUCGCAUAUGUAGACAGAAACUCAGGAAAAUCAUCAUUAAUUAUUUAUGGAGGUAUGAGUGGUUCCCGUCUAGGUGACCUGUGGGUCCUUGAUGUGGAUAGCAUGUCUUGGUCACGACCAGAACUAGGUGGUCCCCCUCCUUUACCUCGGUCUCUUCACACGGCCACUGUCAUCGGCCAUCACAUGUAUGUGUAUGGAGGUUGGGUUCCACUCGUACCUGAUGAAUCAAAACUUGCAACCCAUGAAAAGGAGUGGAAGUGUACCAACUCACUAGCGUCUCUCAACUUGGAAACCAUGACUUGGGAUAAUAUUGCUCUCGAUAAGUUUGAGGAGUGUGUGCCUCGAGCUCGUGCGGGGCACAGUGCAGUUGCAAUCCACACGAGACUCUAUAUUUGGUCAGGAAGAGAUGGUUAUAGAAAAACGUGGAAUAAUCAAAUUUGCUGUAAAGAUCUUUGGUUUCUAGAAGUCGGUGUGCCGCCACAAGCUGGACGUGUUGCACUGGUGCGAGCCGGUACAACAUCUCUGGAAUUGUGUUGGCCUGCGGUAAGCACUAUCACAACAUAUCUACUUCAAGUUCAGAAAUGUGGCAAAGUUACUCCUGCAAGGUUCCCCACUGCUGCUGAGCCUGUGGCAGCUCCACCACCUGCAUCACCUGUCUCUGGACAACCCGAUGUGGCCAAGGCCUUUGGAUUGACAUCACCAGUGAACACUGGUCUACCGCUUACACCUACUGAUUUGCCCGUUCGGCCUGUCGCUGCAGCCGCGUCGCCCAUUUCUACACCUAUAGUAUCAACACCACAGAAAGUUGUAUCUGGAUCGAUCAAAAUGCCAGCACAGGCGGCCGUCAAGAUUUCACCGAAUACUCCAACAUUAAAGCAAACCUACCAAGGCAAAACAGUCGUCAAAUCACCAGCUGCAGGAUCCUCUCAGCAAAUAAAGGUGGCUGCCGUGACGCCGCAGGGUGUAACGAGAAUUGUAAGUGGUGUAGGCACUCCGAGUAGCGUGCGAGUGUCCACACCUCAGUCUAACGCACAGAUCGUCCUCGGCACUACAACAGGCGCGGGAGGAACGCCCCGAUUCGUACAAGUCAAAACUGGUACAAGUGCUGGAGUUCCCGUCAAAUUAGGUAGUGGUAAUAUGCCAGUUAAAUUGGCCGGCAAUGCAGUACCUCUUAAAAUUGGUGCUGCAAAUAUACAAGGUAAGAUAACAACGAAUAGCGUCCAAAAAGUGGGAGGUACGAAUGUUCCUUUGAAACUCGGCGCUGGAAAUGUUAAAAUCGGCACAAGCAACGUUUUAGUGAAGACAGCCGGAGGAGUUCCCAUCCAAGCGGGAGUACAGACCAAGGUAGCCGCGGGAGUUCCUGUGAAACUAGGGACGGGCAACUUGCCCGUCAUAGGAAGCACGGGGGGUGCUAUACAGAUCGCUGGAGGCGCUAUCUCUGGACAACAAGUCAAGACACCAGUAUACAAGAUUGUUACUGCAAAAUCGGGUGAACAGGUAACGACCGCUACAACGGUAAGCUCAGCAGGCACUGCAGGAGCUACAGUUUUGCGACAAGCAGGUGGAAAUGCUGGCAUUCCUGUUAUCAUAAAGAAGACACCAGGUGGAGGACAAGCAAGUGCGACGCCUCAGUACGUUACUUUAGUCAAGACAUCAACAGGUAUGACUGUCGCGACUGUUCCGAAGAUGGCCAUGGUGCAGAACAGGCCGACAGCGCCUGCGAGUGUGGCUCAACCGCAAGGCAUAGCCCCAGGGGCAACUAUUGUAAAGCUAGUAUCGGCCAACACAGUCGGAGGCAACAAAAUCAUAACAUUGCCAUCUAAUAUGCUGCAAAUAGGCAAGACGGGAGUCGGUGGUAAGCAGACAAUAGUGAUCACAAAGUCGGCGACUCAGGGCGCUCAAAGUGGGCAGCCUCAGUGAGGUCCAAGACGCGCCCCGCACUGAACAGAGUCGAGUGAGAUGUGACCCUCCCCUGGACCCCAGGGGCGUCGUGUGCGAGGUCGCGAGCCUUAUGGUGAAUGUGAUGAUAACUGUGAGGUAUAAAAUGUAAAUUAUCACGAGAAACGUUGUAGUGAGUUGAACGAACUAUAUAAUAUAUGAUGAAUAGAAUAUUGUAAAUCAUUUGAGUUUUGUACGUUAAUGGGUCUGUGUAGUACUUUCCUCUUAAGGUUUUUACUAAAAGAAUAUUUUAUUUACUCUUAACAUUAUUUUUAAAGUUGUCUGUUUGCACUUAGAGCUCCUAAUCUGCUAUAAGAUCUGUCUAUAAAACUGUCUUAAGACACAACUCAACUAUGUUCUUUUCAUACUUCCAUAGUCACAAAAGAGUAUUUUUUACAUAUGUGACCUAGUUUCUUAUAAAAUUAUGCGAAAGUGCCUGCUGAACAGUAACAGUGUUGUUACUGUGCGUAGAGGGCAACAGAGUUAAAAGUAUAAAUCUUUUUAAACUUGAAACAAUUAGAUUUUAAAAGAUUCAAUUUGAAGUUUAUUUUAUUGUGUUUAUAGAUUUAUUUCUAAAUUAGAAUAUUUUUGUAUGUAAUAAUAAAGAUAAGGAGAAUAUAAUAUAAUAUUUCAUUACCCAUAAUCAUGACCAAAUACUGCCGUGUAGAACUUGAUUUUUCCAAAAUUCUAGGAACAUUAAUUUCACUUGUUUGCUGUGCAAUUAAUUUGCGAGUCUUUGUCUUCCUUGCAUCGAUUUAAGUUCCCUGUAUGCAUGAAUUUGAGUCCGGAAGGGGUGGUGAACUUUUAAGUAUAAUGUUAAUAUAUUAUGCUGUACUUGGUAAGGUGGCUGAAUAAUCUCCCACGCAGUGGUCACCAAGUGCACUGCUGCGUGCAAGCCAUUAGUCGAGUGUUAGGCUUAAAUAAAUCACAAUAUAUUAUAUAUCAUGCACUAUUUAAGUUUUUUUUUUAUGACAAGCCAUUGUUGAUGUUUAUGUGGUGUAUUUUUUUGUUCAGUAUUUAGAUCUGUGGCGUGUCUGUUAAUAAUCGUAAUAUUUGAGACUCAGUCUCGAGGCUAUUUUUUUUAUCGCCCCACUGAUCUUAAUACUUGCCUAGUUUUUGCCUUGGGCAAAUUACUCGAUUUUGACAAGUAGGAGACUAUGGCGGACUUCAAAGUUAGUAUGGGAAUGAGUAAAUUAAUGAAAUAUGAAAAAAACUAUAACAUUAAAAUUAUUAUAACUCUCUAUAAGUAAUUAUCUUAAUACGUAGUUUUGUUAUUAAUUUGUCGUAAUUUUAUUGAAAAGGAAACAAACUUUUGAUUUCGCCAUAGUCGUUUCAGACUCCUAUUAUGAAAUGUAAUAUCUAAGAGCCUGUGGAAGCACAGGAGUCUUGUAAGUUGCAAUUUAAUAUAUAAUAAUUAAACUUGACAUAAUAAAUGCAGAAAUUGUUUUCAUUUCAAACCGAUUGUCAGCUAAACUCGAAAUAGUGCGGUUUUAAAGUAAAUGAAGCUAUUCUGCAUUUCAAUGUAGGAUAAGAUAGUUGUAUGUAUUAGAUUUAUAUUAAAAUAAGUGAGUUAUGAAAUGUAAAUAAAAUAAGUAGAUAAAUUUAAUGUUAUAGUUUGUUCAUAUGUUCAUUUGCUUAAAUAAACGGAUUUGCAUAA